GUUUUAACACAUGAGAUGAUAUGAGAGGAAGUGUGACAUCACGAGGUGGUUCUUAGUUUUUUCUUAUCUUUUUUGUGACAGCACUCCGUCAGACUACUCUCUGUUUAUCUUAGAUAAUAAUGGAUGGUCCUGAUAAUCUUCUUGAGACGCAAGCUGGUCGGUCUGCUCUCAGAGUAACAACCACUGCUUACACCAAAUGGAUCAACGCUCACUUCAAAGCAGCUGGAGAGGAAGAGCUAACUGAUCUGUUCAAUGAUCUUCGUGAUGGCUCGAAACUAAUGACCCUCAUUGAGAUACUCACUGGAACAAAACUAGUUAGAGAGAAAGGGAAGACAAGGAAUCAUCACAUGAUCAACAUCACAACAGUAAUAGACUUUCUACAAUCUAAAGAGAAAAUUGAUCUGGUUGGUAUUACUAGUAGUGGUAUUGCUGAUGGAAAUCAAACCUUAACCCUUGGUCUCAUAUGGAAGCUGAUUCUACGAUAUCAGGUACUGAUAAUAACA